AUGGGUGUUUCUUUCUCCAAGUUGUUUAGCAACCUUUUCGGUCAUAAGGAAAUGAGAAUCUUAAUGGUUGGUCUCGAUGGUGCUGGUAAGACCACCGUUUUGUACAAAUUGAAGUUGGGAGAGGUUGUGACCACCAUCCCUACCAUUGGCUUUAAUGUCGAAACUGUGGAAUACAAGAAUAUCUCCUUCACGGUUUGGGACGUCGGUGGACAAGACAAGAUCAGGCCUUUGUGGAGACAUUACUUUAGAAACACCGAAGGAAUCAUCUUCGUGGUCGACUCGAAUGAUAGAUCUCGUAUUGCCGAAGCUAGAGAGGUUUUGCAGAGAAUGUUGAACGAAGACGAAAUCAGAAAUGCUGUCCUAUUGGUCUUUGCAAACAAACAGGACUUGCCAGAAGCUAUGUCUGCAGCCGAAAUUACUGAAAAAUUGGGCUUGCAUUCUAUCAGGCAACGUCCAUGGUACAUCCAGGCAACCUGUGCUACGUCUGGUGAGGGGUUGUAUGAAGGUUUAGAGUGGUUGAGUACCAACUUGAAGAACCAAGCUUGA